ACACCGUCUCACCUGAUCAAGAUUUUUCCAUAAUUAAAAUAGCCUUAGAUGGGGUUUCGCUGGAUUGAGGGGGUGCAAAAAAUAAGUAAAAUAAUUGAAAUUUUGAGAGGAUGAAUCCACUUCUGCUUCUUGGAGAUUUAUUUCAAAGAGGCAGCUUAAAGCUGAGACCAUCCACUCAACAUUUGCGCCUUUGACAAGCCUGUUUGUGGCAGUAUGAAAGUUCCGCAGAUUUGCUCAGAUUAUCGGAACCUGGCCCUCACAAUGCAGCUUUGUUGCAGAAACAGAUUAGCACAUCAAGUGACCGGAGGUACAAGAGUCGCUUGCACUCUUUUUCUCCCCUACUUUUCUUGCUCCAACAGUUUUCCUGGACGUUGCCACCACACAUCAUCAGCCACAGAGAGCGCCAUGGCCAGACAGUUUCCCUGUUACUAAUGACCCGACUGGCCUUAUGAGUACCAGGGCAACUGCUGAAGUGGAGCUGAGACAAAACCCAGAAGAGAAAGCUACGCUGGAUUCCUUCAUGCCAAGACGCAGCCAACCAGCAAGUUGGCCGAGAAGAAGCAGCAGCAAUGACAGUGACUUACUCCCGGAGAGUUGCUGAUGCAGGUCUGGGGACCUUCUUUCACCUGCUUCUGCGCUGGAAGGGCAGCAUCUAUAAACUACUUUACAGAGAGCUCAUCAUAUUUACUCUGCUCUACUACUUCCUCAGCCUCGUUUACAGGUAUAUGCUAGACAAUGACCAGCGGAGGCUUUUUGAGAGGCUGUCAAUAUAUUGUGACCGGUAUGCUGAACUCAUCCCUGUAUCAUUUGUUCUUGGUUUCUAUGUGACCUUGGUUGUGUCACGUUGGUGGGGCCAGUUUGAGAACAUACCUUGGCCAGACCGUUUGGCGGCAUUAGUGGGAGGCCAUGUUCGUGGAACUGAUGAGGCCUCCAGGCUGACCAGAAGAGCUCUGAUGCGCUACGUUAACCUCUCCGGUGUGCUCAUCUAUCGCUCUGUAAGCACAGCCGUCUACAAGAGGUUCCCUACCACGGAGCACCUGGUGCAGGCAGGUUUGAUGACUUCGGAAGAGCUGAGGCACUUUGAGGAACUGCCAUCUCCACACAACAAGUUCUGGGUGCCCUGUAUGUGGUUUGUCAACCUGGCUUUGAGAGCACGCACUGAAGGUCGCAUCAACAACGACGUGGCACUCACAGCUAUACUGACUGAGCUGAACAGUCUGCGGGCGAAGUGCAUGAAGCUGUAUGGUUAUGACUGGAUCAGCCUGCCUCUCGUCUACACUCAGGUGGCAACAGUAGCAGUCUACAGCUUCUUCUUGGCUUGUCUGAUUGGUCGUCAGUUUCUGGACCCAGCUCAGGGUUACCCUGGUCAUGAUGUGGACUUCUACUUGCCUGUUUUUACCCUACUGCAGUUCUUCUUCUAUGUUGGUUGGCUAAAGGUGGCCGAACAGCUAAUAAAUCCUUUUGGUGAAGAUGACGAUGACUUUGAAACCAACUGGGUUGUUGAUCGCAAUUUGCAGGUAUCUUUGUUGUCAGUGGAUGAGAUGUAUGACAGCCUGCCACUGGUUGAAAAAGACGUGUACUGGAAUGACUCGGAGCCACAGCCUCCCUACACCGCUGCCAGUGCUGAACACCGCAAACCCUCCUUUAUGGGCUCAGCUUUGGACAUAAGUGUUCCUAAGGAGGAGAUGGAGUUUCAGUCCAACCUUGAACAGAUCAAAGAAAACGAGGAGGCCAACUACUCCACCCCGCUUCUUGGAGGGCUUGGCCGUCUCCUUGGAGUCCAGUCCCCUAGCUUUCCUCGCUCUUCUCGAGUCUCUUUGCUGCGCCGCCGCCCUGGAGCUCCGUUAAGCCGCUUUCCUCUUUACCUCCACCCAGAGGCACUAUCAACUCCAAGUCAGAUCCGUCAGCCUUUGAACCAGGUGCAAGAUCCAGAAAGCGCCUUCUCCACCAUGCCCUUGUAUGACAGGCCGGGAUUUUACAGCUGUCCGCAAACACCCAUCCACUGUGUGCCACCCCCACUGUCUCGGCCCCGACCUGCACGGAGAACUCAAAAUGAAUGGGAUUACAGUAAUGGCUCCAUGUCCCCUCCAAUGGUUAGCUCACAGCCACUGCCUCCUGACACCCCCAACCAUCUCCCACCACCUCCAUCUUCUGCAUUUCCAUGGUUAAGUGAAGAUGGGGAGAUGCAGAGCACCCCAGCCUUCUCCUUUCCUGACCCACCACCUGAACUGUGUCCAAUUUCUAAACUCAGACCGGGAGGACAUGGGCUGCUGUCUCGUCGGCCUCUCCUUCCCCGCCUCACUUUGGACACCCUCCCUUCAGUUAACAGUCAGUCUGGACCUCCGAGUGCUCGAGGUGCAGGAAGUGUGGAAAAGGUGUUUUCAUUUACUCCCCCCUCUCACGCAGUGGCACCAAAUCCAGGUAAUCCGAGCAGCAGCAGCUCGGGCAGCAUUAAUGCAAUAUCCACAAACAACUUUGGCCCAACAGGAAGUCUCUGCAAUGGAACAAGCCAAAGUAAUUUUAGUAACCACGCAAACUUUGGCUCCAACACCAGGGUUAGCAACGGGAGCACCAAUGGAGGGCUGAGUAAAAACACAAUUACAAUAUCCACAUCAGGACCAUCACAGCAGGAAACAAAUCCACAAAACUCACCCAAUGAUUCAGGAAUCUCAUUGGCUGAAGGGGAUCUGCUCUGUGUUCUUGUGGAUGGGGGCAUUAAAAAGGCCACAGGGGGAAAAGAGCAGGACUGACAGAUGAGGACUCGGUUCUGAAACAGGAAAUGAAAAGAGGACAUCACUAAUAUUGUCAUUUUGUUAGUUUGAGAAAAAUGUAUGUUUUGAUACAUGUUAUAUAAUCAAUGAGGUGCUCAAGCUUUGAAGCUAUACAGUGAAGUUUUGAACCAAUCUGGAGGAAGAAAUGUCCAUCUAAGGGCAAAUCUGUGCCUAAUAAUUAGUUUUUCUGCUGAAAUAACCAUAUUAUUAGAAAAAAUCCAACAAUUUUUUUUAUUGUAAUGUAAAUUGAGAAACUGUGUUUUUAAAGGAAAAGUCAGCUUUUUUAAUGAGUGUGUUGAAGUUUUUUCCUAGUGGUGGUCAGUGGUAUUGCAACAGCAGCCACCACUGUGAGGGUUUCAGGUCCAAGUAAAGACUUAUUGCAUGGAUAUUAGUCUUGAACUGGGGGGUAAAAUUGCAGGUCUCAAGGGUUAGAAUCCUACAUUUUUUCCAACUAACCUGCUAACUAACACACAUGGUUCAAGUAAACUGGACUGGCUUUUUACCAAAGCAGCAGGAUGUUGCCCCUUGAGGUCUGGAGUUUGACACCCUUUGCGUAAAAUUUAAAUGUUUUGAAACUAUUUUCUCUCCAUUAUGUACACCCAAAUUAAAAAAAAUGUGCAGACAGAAAAUAGAUAAUGGAGACAACAGCAGAAGAAGAAAAAAAGUAAUAUUUUGUUAUGCAAGGCUGAACGGCUGAUAAAACUUAGCAAAAGUUUUCUCAGUGAUCAUCAGCUUAGGCAUUGAUCUCCAAAGCCAUAGUUAUCGUCUCAAUUUGGGGCAGUGUCAGAUAAAUGCAUCUAGACAUUAAAGAAAAACACAAUUAUAAACAACAAACCACAACAAGAAUCAAGUUUCUCAUGCACGAG